UCUAACCCAACACCAUGGCUCUCUAUGAGUCUAAGACCGAGCUCUGGGACCUGGACAUCAAUGUGAUCCAGCCAGAGGGGAAAGGUCCAGAUCCAGCCACAGAUGGAAACAGCGGUACCAAGCCGUUCAGGGAUGCGUUCGAACGUUAUAUCCAGCCCUGUCUGGCAGAGCUGCUGGGUUCAUCUCUGUUUAUCUUUGUGGGGUGUCUGUCUGUGAUCGAGAACACGGAGGGCACCGGGAGGCUGCAGCCGGCCCUGGCACACGGCCUGGCCCUGGGCAUCGUCAUCGCCGUGCUGGGGGAGAUCAGUGGGGGGCACUUCAACCCAGCAGUGUCUGUGUCUGUGUUUCUGAUCGGGGGUCUCAACAUCAUACUGCUGGUCCCCUACAUACUGGCUCAGCUGUGUGGAGGGAUGAUAGGG